CCUCAGCGUGCGGUGGCGGCUGUAGGCGCUGAGGGCGGGGGUGCUGCACCCUAGUAGGUAGGCGCCGCGUUUCGCCGCUGCCAGCCAGCGGGGCACGGCCCCGCCUUCUGCCUCUCCUUCACGUGGCGGGAAUUGUCGGCCGCGGGAACCACCUGGGUUCCUCCGGGUAGGUCUUGCCCGCAGGUCUCGGGCAGGUAGUAUAGAUCAUCAGUAGAAAAACUUCCUGAAAGAAGAAAUUGUUCAAGAGAAAUUUGAAGGUAGCAAAAUAGAAGACAAAGAAUUGACAACAGGUGCAGAGGAUAGCAUAGAAAUUUUACUUCAUUCAUUUGUUUAACAAAUUUAUUCAGCAAAACUUUGUUGAACACCUAUUCUUGCUAGGUAUUAUCCUAGGCAACAGAACCACAACACUGAACAAAACAGACGAAAAUCUCCUGCCCAUGUACAACUACAGCUGAUGAUGUCUUUCAGUUUCAAUAUAUUUAGAGUUGGCAUCUCUUUUGUUAUGAUGUGCGUUUUUUAUAAGUCAGCAGUAGACUCUCUAUCAGAACUGAGUCCUCAGAAAUAUUUCAGUACAUUGCAACCAGGAAAAGCCUCCUUGGCUUAUUUUUGUCAAGCUGAUUCUCCAAGAACCUCUGUAUUUCUUGAAGAACUGAAUGAGGCUGUUAAACCUCUCCAGGACUAUGGAAUUUCAGUUGCAAAGGUUAAUUGUGUCAAAGAAGAAACAUCAAGAUACUGUGGAAAAGAAAAGGAUUUGGUGAGAGCAUAUUUAUUCAGGGGCAACAUCUUACUCAGAGAAUUCCCUACUGAUACCUUGUUCGACGUGAAUGCCAUCGUUGCUCAUGUUCUCUUCACUGAGGAUAUCGAAAAUGCACAUCUCUACUUUUUUCAUUGUAAACAAGUCUUGGAUUUGACUGAGCAAUGUAGAAGAACACUGAUGGAACCACCACUGACUACACUGAAUAUUCAUCGAUUUAUUAAGACAAUGGAAGCACCUCUGCUGACUGAAGUUGCUGAAGACCCUCAACAGGUUUCAACUGUUCAUCUCCAACUAGGAUUACCACUGGUUUUUAUUGUUAGUCAGCAAGCGACGUAUGAAGCUGAUAGAAGGACUGCAGAAUGGGUCGCUUGGCGUCUUCUGGGGAAAGCAGGAGUUCUACUCUUGUUAAGGGACUCAUUGGAAGUAGACAUUCCUCUGCAUGCUAACGUGGUCUUCAGAAGAGCAGAAGAGGGAGUGCCAGUGGAAUUUUUGGUCUUACAUGAUAUUGAUUUAAUAAUAUCCCGUGUGGAAAGUAAUAUGCACAUUGAAGAAAUACAAGAAGACGGAGAUGAGGACAUGGGAAGUCCAGAUAUGGAUAUUCAAGAUGAUGAAGUGGCAGAAACUGUUUACAGAGAUAGGAAGAGACGGUUACCUUUGGAACUCACGGUAGAACUAACAGAAGAGACGUUUAAUGCAACAGUGGUGGCUUCUGAUAGCAUAGUGCUUUUCUAUGCUGGUUGGCAAGCAGUAUCCAUGGCAUUUCUGCAAUCCUAUAUAGAUUUGGCAAUUAAAUUGAAAGGCACAUCCAGUAUGCUGCUUACUAGAGUGAACUGUGCAGAUUGGCCUGAUUUAUGUACUAAGCAAAAUGUUACUGAAUUUCCUGUUGUAAAGAUGUAUAAGGAAGGCAAGAGCCCGGUGUCUUACCCUGGAAUGUUAGGAACUGAAGAUCUCCUAAAAUUUAUCCAGCUCAACAGGAUUUCAUGCCCAGUGAACAUAACAUCUGUCCAAGAAGCAGAAGAAUAUUUAAGUGGGGAAUUAUAUAAAGACCUGAUCUCCUACUCUAGUGUGUCGGUGCUAGGACUAUUCAGCCCAAACAUGACAACAGCAAAAGAAGAUUUCACUGAAGCAGGAAACUACCUAAAAGGAUGUGUUAUCACUGGAAUUUAUUCUGAAGAUGAUGUUUUGAUACUGUCACACAAAUACGCUGCAACCCUUCCAGCCCUGCUGCUGGCCAGACACAAAGAAGGCGAAAUAGAGAGCAUUCCAUUAGCUAACUCCCCUGCACAAGACAUAGUUCAAAUAAUAACAGAUGCGUUACUGGAAACAUUUCCAGAAAUCACUGUGGAAAAUCUUCCCAUUUAUUUAAGACUUCAGAAACCAUUAUUUAUUUUAUUUAGUGACGGCAGCAUAAAUCCUCAGUAUAAAAAAGCAAUAUUGAUGCUGGUAAAUGAGAAACACUUGGAUUCACUUACCCCUUGCUGGUUAAAUCUAAAGAACACUCCUGUGGGAAGAGGAAUCUUGGAGGCAUAUUUUGAUGCUCUGCCUCCCCUUCCUCUUCUUGUUAUGGUCAAUCUGCAUUCAGGUGGCCAAGUAUUUGCAUUUCCUUCAGACCAGGCUAUCACUGAACAAAACCUUUUAUUGUGGCUGAAGAAACUGGAAGCAGGACUUGAGAGUCACAUCACAAUUUUACCUGCUCAGGAAUGGAAACCUCCUCUUCCUGCUUAUGAUUUUCUAAGUAUGAUGGAUGCUGCAGCAUCUCAUCAUCCCACAAGGAAAGAUCCUGAGUGUGCAAAAGAAACAGAUGCACAGGAGAAUGAGAAAAAACAUGAAGAUAAAUCAGCAUUCAGAAAAGAACCAAUUGAAACACUGAGAAUAAAGCAUUGGAAUAGAAGUAAUUUGUUUAAAGAAGGAGGAAAAUCAUUUAAGCAUGAUAAUAAAGAGUUAUGAUGCUCUAAA